UGGUUAAUUUUAGUAUUAAAACCAUGGAAAUGGUGAAAACCAAGUGGGAUCAUUUUGGCAGUAAUUUUGAGACCCUGUCCAACUGGAUAACAGAGAAAGAAAAUGAACUCACUUCCUUGGAAACGUCAGCCUCUGCCAUGGACAUGCAGAUCAACCAAAUCAAGAUCACAAUUCAAGAAAUAGAAGGGAAGAUCGAGAGUGUUGUAGGGCUGGAAGAGGCAGCUCAGUCCUUUGCCCAGUUCAUUACCACGGGAGAGUCUGCUCGCAUCAAAGCCAAGUUGACACAGAUAAGAAGAUACUGGGAGGAACUCCAAGAGCAUGCACGAGGCCUGGAAGGAGUAAUCCUGGGCCAGCUAUCACAACAGCAAAAGUUUGAAGAGAAUCUGAGAAAGAUCCAGCAAUCUUUGUCUGAAUUUGCAGAGAGGCUGGCUGAACCGAUUAAAAUAUGUUCCUCAGCUGCAGAGACAUACAAAGUUCUCCAAGAGCAUAUGGAUCUCUGUCAAGCCCUAGAGUCCCUUAGCAGCACAGUUACCGCUUUCUCGGCCAGUGCCCAGAAGGUGGUAAACAGAGAGUCCUCCACCCAGGAGACUGCGGCCCUACAGCAGCAGUAUGAGGAGAUGCUACACAAAGCCAAAGAGAGACAGAAGGCACUGGAGGACCUGCUGGCCCACUGGCAGAGGUUGGAGAAGGGACUGUCACCCUUCCUGACCUGGCUGGAGCGAUGUGAAGCCAUAGCACGCUCACCAGAAAAGGACAUUGCUGCAGACAGGGUCAAAGUAGACAGUGAACUGCAGUUAAUACAGGCCCUGCAAAAUGAAGUCGUGUCCCAGGCCUCGCUCUACAGCAAUCUUCUUCAGCUGAAGGAAGCUCUCUUCUCAGCGGCCUCCAAAGAGGAUGUGGCGAUGAUGAAGCUGCAGUUGGAACAGCUGGAUGAACGCUGGGGAGACUUACCGCAGAUAAUCAGCAAAAGGAUGCUCUUCCUCCAGUCUGUGCUGGCCGAGCACAGGCAGUUCGAUGAACUGCUGUUUUCCUUCUCUGUCUGGAUUAAGCAGUUUCUCAGUGAAUUGCAAAUGACUUCAGAGAUAAAUUUAAGGGACCAUCAAGUGGCUCUUACCCGACACAAGGACCAUGCCACAGAAAUAGAGAAGAAAAGAGGGGAAGUAAAGCAUCUUCAAGGUCACUUAGCACAGCUGAGGAGUCUGGGUAGAGCUGAGGACCUUCACCCACUGCAGAGCAAGGCGGACGACUGCUUCCAGCUCUUUGAAGAGGCCAGUCAGGUAGUGGAGAGGCGGAAGCUGGCUCUGACCCAGCUAGCAGAAUUCCUCCAGAGGCAUGCCUCUGUGUCUACUCUUCUGCAUCAGCUCAGGCAAACAGUGGAAGGCACCAAAAGCAUGAGUAAGAAGCAGUCUGACUCCCUCAAAAAGGACCUUCAUGAUGCUAUUCAGGACGUGAAGACAUUAGAAUGCAGUGCUAUUGGUCUGGAUGGCACCCUGACCAAAGCCCAGUGCCACCUGAGAAGUGGCAGCCCCGAGCACAGGACGUCCUGCAGAGCCGCCACCGAGCAGCUCUCUUUAGAAGUAGAGAGGAUCCAGAACCUUCUGGGGACCAAGCAGAGUGAGGCGGAUGCCCUGCUGGUAUUGAAAGAAGCAUUCCAGGAGCAGAAAGAAGAGCUGCUGAGAAGCAUUGAAGACAUCGAAGAGAGGACUGACAGGGAGCGGCUAAAAGAGCCCACCCGCCAAGCUCUGCAGCAUAGGUUGAGAGUGUUCAACCAGCUCGAGGAUGAACUAAACUCCCAUGAGCAUGAGCUGUGCUGGCUGAAAGACAAAGCAAAACAAAUUGCCCAGAAGGAUGUUGCGCUUGCGCCUGAAGUGGAUAGGGAGAUAAACCGCUUAGAGGCGACCUGGGACGACACUAAGAGGCUGAUUCAUGAAAACCAGGGCCAGUGCUGUGGACUUAUUGACUUAGUAAGAGAAUAUCAGAACCUGAAGUCAGCAGUGUGUAAAGUUCUGGAAGAUGCUAGCCACGUCGUUGAGAUGAGAGCUACCAUAAAGGACCAGGAGGACCUUAAGUGGGCUUUUUCCAAGCACGAAACUUCCAGGAAUGAAAUGAAUUCUAAACAGAAAGAGUUGGAUAGUUUUACUAGCAAAGGCAAACACUUGUUAUCCGAGCUGAAAAAAAUCCACAGUGGAGAUUUCAGCCUGGUCAAGACAGACAUGGAGAGCACCCUGGACAAAUGGCUGGAUGUAUCAGAAAGAAUUGACGAAAACAUGGACAGGCUGAGAGUGAGCCUGUCCACCUGGGACGACGUUCUAUCAAGUAGAGAUGAGAUUGAAGGCUGGUCCAACAGCUCUCUCCCACAGCUGGCGGAAAACAUCAGUGACCUGAACAACAGUCUCAGAGCUGAAGAAUUCCUGAAAGAACUGGAGUCUGAAGUUAAAAACAAAGCCUUAAAAUUGGAAGAAUUGCAUUCCAAAAUCAACAACCUUAAAGAACUAACGAAAAACCCAGAAACACCAACAGAACUUCAGUUUAUAGAAGCAGACUUAAGGCAGAAGCUGGAACAUGCUAAAGAAAUUACCGAGGAGGCAAAGGGAACCCUGAAGGAUUUCACGGCUCAGAAUACCCAAGUGGAGAGAUUUGUCAAGGACAUCACAGCGUGGCUGGUCAAUGUGGAGGAAUCAUUGACCAGAUGUGCCCAAACCGAGACUUGUGAAGGGCUGAAAAAAGUCAAGGACAUACGGAAAGAACUUCAAAGUCAACAAAACAACAUCAUCUCCACUCAAGAAGUUCUCAACAGUCUGUGCCGGAAGUACCACUCGGUGGAGUUGGAGAGCCUGGGCCGGGCAAUGACUGGGCUGAUAAAGAAGCAUGAAGCCACAAGCCAACUGUGCUCCCAAACCCAGGCCAGCAUACAGGACUCUCUGGAAAAACACUUCAGUGGUUCUAUGAAAGAAUUCCAAGAAUGGUUUUUAGGAGCAAAAGCAGCAGCCAGAGAAUCUUCUAAUCUAACUGGUGACAGCCAAGUUCUCGAAGCCAGGCUCCAUGAUCUUCAGGGUGUUCUGGAUUCGUUCAGUGAUGGGCAGAGCAAGCUGGAUGCGGUGACUCAGGAAGGACAAACAUUGUACGCACAUCUGCCCAAGCAGAUCGUAAGCAGCAUCCAGGAGCAAAUCACAAAAGCCAAUGAAGAAUUCCAAGCUUUCCUGAAACAAUGCCUUAAAGACAAGCAGGCUCUCCAGGACUGUGUUUCGGAGCUGGGGAGCUUUGAGGAUCAGCACAGAAAGCUGAACUUAUGGAUCCACGAAAUGGAGGAGAGGUCAAACACAGAAAACCUGGGGGAGAGUAGACACCAUAUUUCCGAGAAGAAGAACGAAAUCCACAAAGUCGAGAUGUUCCUGGGAGAACUACUGGCUGCCAGAGAGUCCCUCGACAAGCUCUCCCAGAGAGGGCAGCUUCUCAGCGAAGAAAGCCAUGGUGCAGGGAAGGGAGGCCGCCGGAGCACCCAGCUCCUUGCCAACUACCAGAACCUUCUCAGAGUAACCAAGGAGCGGCUGCGAGGCUGUCAGCUGGCCCUGCAGGAGCACGAGGCUCUGGAAGAAGCCAUGCAGAGCAUGUGGUCCCGGGUGAAGGAUGUGAAAGACAGGUUGGCUUGUGCAGAGAGCACUCUUGGGGACAAGGAGACAUUGGAGGGGCGACUGUCACAGAUCCAGGACAUUCUCCUUAUGAAAGGUGAAGGAGAAGUGAAGUUGAAUCUGGCCAUUGGCAAAGGGGACCAGGCCUCAAAGAGCAGCAACAAGGAGGGUCAGCAGGCGAUUCAGGAUCAGCUGGAGAUGCUCAAAAAGGCAUGGGCUGACGCCAUGAGUUCGGCUGUCCAUGCACAAAGCACCCUGGAGUCUGUGAUUGACCAAUGGAAUGACUAUCUAGAGAAGAAAAGCCAGUUGGAGCAGUGGAUGGAGUCAGUGGACCAGAAAGUAGAGCAUCCUCUACAGCUGCAGCCAGGGCUCAAGGAGAAAUUCUCCUUGCUGGACCACUUUCAGUCCAUCGUCUCGGAGGCAGAGGACCACACAGGCGCUCUGCAGCAACUAGCAGCAAAGUCCAGGGAGCUGUACAAGAAGACCCAGGAUGAGUCCUUCAAAGAAGCUGGCCAGGAGGAACUGAGAACACAGUUUCAGGACAUACUGACCGUGGCCAAGGAGAAAAUGAGAACAGUAGAGGACCUUGUGAAAGACCACCUCAUGUACUUCGAUGCUGUCCAGGAAUUCACAGAUUGGCUCCACUCAGCAAAGGAAGAGCUUCACCGGUGGUCAGACACCUCUGGGGAUUCAUCAGCAACCCAGAAAAAGCUGUCGAAGAUCAAGGAGCUGAUGGAUUCCAGAGAGAUCGGAGCAGGACGCCUAAGCAGAGUGGAGUUACUGGCCCCAUCUGUGAAACAGAACACAGCUGCCAGUGGGUGUGAGCUUUUAAACUCAGAGAUGCAGGCCCUGCGCGCCGACUGGAGGCAGUGGGAAGAUUGCCUCUUACAGACACAGAGCAGCCUGGAGAACCUGGUCAGUGAGAUGGCCCUCUCGGAGCAGGAGUUCUCCGGCCAGGUGGCCCGACUCGAGCAGGCCCUGGAACAGUUCAGCACCCUUCUGAAAACCUGGGCCCAGCAGCUCACACUCCUGGAGGGCAAGAACACGGAUGAGGAGAUAGUGGAAUGCUGGCACAAAGAACGAGAGAUCCUGGAUGCUUUACAAAAGGCAGAGCCUAUGACAGAGGAUCUCAAGUCUCAGUUGAAUGAACUGUGCCGGUUUUCCAGGGACCUGAGUCCAUACAGUGGGAAAGUCUCAGGCUUAAUUAAAGAAUAUAACUGCCUCUGUCUGCAAGCUUCCAAGGGCUGCCAGAGUAAAGAACAGAUUUUGCAAGAAAGAUUUCAGAAGGCCUCCAAGAGCUUCCAGCAGUGGCUGGUGAACGCAAAAAUCACCACUGCCAAAUGUUUCGAUCUACCUCAGAAUCUUAGUGAAGUUUCUUCCAGUCUUCAGAAGAUCCAGGAGUUUCUGUCAGAAAGUGAAACUGGGCAACAUAAGCUAAACACGAUGCUGUCCAAAGGGGAGCUGCUGAGCUCUCUGCUGACCAAAGAGAAAGCACAAGCUGUCCAGGCCAAAGUCCUAACCGCAAAGGAAGACUGGAAACAUUUUCAUGCAAAUCUCCACCAAAAGGAAUCAGCCUUGGAGAAUCUAAAGAUCCAGAUGAAAGACUUUGAAGUGAGUGCAGAGCCUGUGCAGAACUGGCUGAGUAAAACGAAGAGGCUGGUGCAGGAGAGCAGCAUCCGCCUCUAUGACCUGCCAGCCAAGAGGAGAGAACAGCAGAAGCUGCAGUCUGUCCUUGAGGAGAUACAGUGCUACGAGCCUCAGCUCCACAGGCUGAAGGAAAAAGCUCGGCAGCUGUGGGAGGGACAAGCUGCAAGCAAGAGCUUUGUGCACAGAGUGUCGCAGCUGUCUUCUCAGUAUCUAGCGCUAAGCAAUGUAACCAAGGAGAAAGUGAGCAGGCUGGACAGAAUUGUUGCUGAGCAUAACCAGUUCUCCCUGGGCGUUAAAGAACUGCAGGACUGGAUGUCAGAUGCCGUUCACAUGCUGGAUUCGUACUGUCUCCCCACGUCAGAUAAGAGUGUUCUGGAUGGCAGAAUGCUCAAGCUGGAGGCUCUGUUGUCGGUGAGACAGGAAAAAGAGAUUCAGAUAAAAAUGAUCAUGACCCGGGGGGAGUAUGUUCUGCAGAGUACCUCUCCGGAGGGCAGCCAUGCUGUCCAACAGCAGCUGCAGGCCCUAAAGGAAAAGUGGGAGUCCCUCCUGUCGGCAGCGAUUCGAUGUAAAAGUCAGCUGGAAGGAGCGCUCUCAAAGUGGACAAGUUAUCAGGAUGACGUGCGGCAGUUCUCCAGCUGGAUGGAUGGCGUGGAAGUCAGCCUGACUGAAUUGGAGAGACAGCACACAGAGUUACGGGAAAAAGUAACCACUCUGGGAAAAGCCAAGCUCUUAAAUGAGGAAGUGUUGAGUCACAGCAGCCUGCUGGAGACCAUUCAAGUCAAGAGGGCAGCCAUGACAGAGCAUUAUGUCACCCAGUUAGAACUGCAGGAUCUGCAGGAACGGCACCAAGACCUCAAAGACAAGGCUAAGGAAACAGUGACAAAAUUAGAAAAGCUGGUCCGCCUUCACCAAGAGUAUCAGAGAGACCUAAAGGCAUUUGAAAAUUGGCUGGAGCAAGAACAAGAGAAACUUGACCGAUCCUCAGUUCUUGAGGGUGACACCAACGCCCACGAGACAACAUUGCGAGAUCUUCAGGAGCUUCAAGUGCGCUGUGCUGAGGGUCAGGCCCUGCUGAACGCAGUACUUCAUACCAGGGAGGAUGUGAUCUUGUCAGGCCUCCCCCAGGCAGAAGACAGAGUGCUGGAGUCUCUUCGUCAGGACUGGCAGGUUUACCAGCACAGGCUGGCUGAGACCCGGAUGCAGUUCAACAACGUCGCGAACAAACUGAGGCUGAUGGAGCAGAAGUUCCAGGAAGCUGAUGAAUGGCUCCAAAGGAUGGAGGAGAAAAUCAGUGUCAGGAACGAACGCCAGAGCAGCCGAUCCGCCAAGGAGAUCCAGCUGCUUCAGCUGAAGAAGUGGCAUGAAGAUCUGUCAGCCCACAGAGAUGAGGUUGAGGAGGUGGGAAGCCGAGCACAGGAGAUCCUGGAUGAGAGCCGUGUGAGCAGCCGGAUGGGCUGCCAGGCCACACAGCUGACCUCCCGGUACCAGGCCCUCCUGCUCCAAGUGCUGGAGCAAAUAAAAUUCUUAGAAGAGGAAAUCCAGUGUCUGGAGGAGACAGAAUCAUCCCUCAGUUCUUAUUCAGAUUGGUAUGGCUCCACUCAUAAAAACUUCAAGAAUGUAGCUACCAAAAUCGAUAAAGUCGAUGAGGCAAUGAUGGGGAAAAAAUUGAAGACAUUGGAGGUUUUAUUAAAAGACAUGGAGAAGGGCCACAGUUUGCUGAAAUCAGCUCGAGAGAAAGGGGAGAGAGCCAUGAAAUUCCUGGAGGGGAGUGAGGUGGAGGCACUGAGGAAGGAGAUCCACGCCCACAUGGAGCAGCUGAAGAACUUGACGAGCACUGUCCGGAAGGAGCACGUGAGCCUGGAGAAGGGCCUUCACUUAGCCAAAGAGUUCUCCGAGAAACACAAGGUGCUGACCCGGUGGUUGGCAGAAUACCAGGAAAUCCUGCUCACGCCCGAAGAACCCAAAAUGGAGCUAUAUGAGAAAAAAGCACAGCUCUCCAAAUACAAGUCACUACAACAAAUGGUGCUGUCCCAUGAGCCAUCCGUGAACUCGGUGCAAGAGAAGAGUGAGGCACUUCUGGAACUGGUACAGGAUCAGACAUUAAAGGACAAGAUACAAAAGCUUCAAAGUGACUUCCAGGACCUGUGCAGCAUAGGAAAGGAGCGUGUCUUCAGUCUGGAAGCAAAAGUCAGAGACCACGAAGACUACAACACUGAACUCCAAGAGGUAGAAAAAUGGCUGCUGCAGAUGUCUGGCCGGCUGGCGGCACCUGACCUUUUGGAGACGAGCAGCCUAGAAACCAUUACCCAGCAGCUCGCCCAUCAUAAGGCAAUGAUGGAAGAAAUAGCAGGUUUUGAAGACUGCCUGGACAACCUUAAAGCCAAAGGUGACACUUUGAUUGGCCAGUGCCCUGACCACCUGCAAGCUAAGCAGAAGCAGAGUGUACAAGCUCACCUGCAGGGCACAAAGGACAGUUACUCAGCAAUCUGCAGCACUGCCCAGAGGGUAUACCGCAGCUUAGAAUAUGAACUUCAGAAGCACGUCAGCAGGCAAGACACCCUGCAGCAGUGCCAGGCGUGGAUCUCUGCAGUUCAGCCAGACCUGAAGCCCAGCCCGCAGCCACCUCUCAGCAGGGCAGAAGCUGUUAAGCAGGUCAAACACUUCCGAGCUUUGCAAGAACAGGCAAGGACUUACUUGGAUCUUCUCUGUUCCAUGUGUGACUUGUCAAACUCUUCAGUGAAAAACACGGCAAAAGACAUUCAGCAAACAGAGCAGCUGAUUGAACAAAGGCUGGUGCAAGCCCAGAACUUAACUCAGGGCUGGGAAGAGAUCAAGAACCUGAAAGCUGAGCUCUGGAUUUACCUGCAGGAUGCUGACCAACAGCUGCAGAACAUGAAGAGGAGGCACGCUGAGCUGGAGAUAAAUAUUGCUCAGAACAUGGUCUUACAAGUAAAGGAUUUCAUUAAGCAGCUACAGUGCAAACAGGCCUCCGUGAGCACCAUCACCGAGAAGGUGGACAAGUUAACAAAGAACCAGGAGUCUCCUGAGCACAAGGAAAUAACCCACCUGAAUGACCAAUGGCAAGACCUCUGCCUCCAGUCUGACAAGCUAUGUGCACAGAGAGAACAGGACCUUCAGAGAACCAGCAGUUACCAUGACCACAUGAGUAUCGUUGAGGACUUUCUUGAAAAGUUUACUACAGAAUGGGACAACCUGGCCAGAUCUAAUGCAGAAAGCACAGCUGUCCACUUGGAGGCUUUGAAGAAGUUAGCCUUGGCCUUGCAGGAGAAAAAGUAUGCCAUCGACGACCUGAAAGACCACAAACAGAAACUGAUGGAGCAGCUGAGCCUCGAUGACAGAGAGCUGCUGAGAGAGCAGACCAGUCACCUCGAGCAACGGUGGUUUCAGCUCGAGGACCUUGUCAAAAGGAAAAUCCAGGUGUCCGUCACCAACCUGGAGGAAUUAAAUGUGGUCCAAUCCAGAUUCCAGGAGCUGACAGAGUGGGCUGAGGAGCAGCAGCCUAACGUUGUGGAGGCCUUGAAGCAGAGCCCGCCUCCUGGCACAGCUCACCACCUCCUCACGGACCACCUGGCCAUCUGCAGUGAGCUGGAAGCCAAGCAGGUACUCCUGAAGUCUCUGAUGAAGGAUGCAGAUCGUGUGAUGGCUGACCUCGGCCUCAAUGAACGGAAGGUGAUCCAGAAGGUGCUCUCAGAGGCUCAGAAGCAUGUGAGUUGUCUCAGUGACUUAGUGGGCCAGCGAAGAAAGUACUUGAACAAGGCUUUGUCUGAGAAAACCCAGUUUCUCAUGGCAGUCUUUCAGGCCACCAGCCAAAUCCAGCAACAUGAGCGAAAGAUCAUGUUCCGGGAAUAUGUCUGCCUCCUUCCAGAUGACGUGAGCAAGCAGGUCAAAACAUGUAAGACUGCCCAGGCCAGCCUCAAGACUUACCAAAACGAGGUCACUGGACUUUGGACACAGGGUCGGGAGUUAAUGAAAGGAAUAACAGAGCAAGAAAGGAAUGAGGUACUGGGGAAACUCCAGGAGUUGCAGAGUGUCUAUGACACUGUUCUACAAAAAUGCAGUCACAGGUUGCAAGAGCUAGAGAAAAGUCUGGUAUCUAGAAAGCAUUUCAAGGAAGAUUUUGAUAAAGUCCAACACUGGCUUAAACAAGCGGACAUUGUCACAUUUCCUGAGAUCAACCUCAUGAAUGAGAGGGUUGAGCUCCACGCUCAACUGGACAAAUACCAAGGCAUUCUGGAACAAUCCCCAGAGUAUGAAAACCUUCUGCUCACGCUGCAAACGACAGGGCAGGCCAUGCUACCAUCAUUAAAUGAAGUGGAUCACUCCUACCUCAGUGAAAAACUCAAUGCCCUGCCCCAACAAUUCAAUGUCAUCAUUGCCUUGGCUAAGGAUAAAUUCUAUAAAAUCCAGGAAGCAAUUCUGGCACGAAAGGAAUAUGCUUCUUUGAUCGAGUUGACAACCCAGUCUCUGGGUGACUUGGAAGACCAGUUCCUAAAGAUGAGGAAAAUGCCUUCAGAUCUGAUUGUUGAGGAGAGCGUUUCUCUUCAAGAGAGCUGCAAAACCCUUCUGGGUGAGGUGGUGGCCCUUGGGGAAGCUGUGAACGAACUGAACCAGAAAAAGGAGAGUUUUCGCAGCACAGGUCAGCCUUGGCAGCCAGAGAAGAUGCUACAGCUGGCCACCCUGUAUCAUAGGCUGAAGCGACAAGCAGAGCAAAGGAUCAGUUUGUUAGAAGACACCACCAGCGCUUACAGAGAGCAUGCACAGAUGUGCCAACAGCUAGAGAGUCAGCUGGAAGUCGUGAAAAGAAAGCAGGCCAAAGUGAACGAGGAGACACUGCCUGCAGAGGAGAAGCUCAAGGUGUACCACUCGCUGGCGGGCAGCCUGCAAGACUCGGAGAUUCUGCUUAAAAGAGUGGCCGUACACCUGGAAGAUCUUUCUCCACACCUCGAUCCCACGGCUUAUGAGAAAGGCAAGGGUCAGGUCCAGUCCUGGCAGGAGGAGCUGAAACAGAUGACCUCUGACAUUGGGGAGAUGGUGACAGAGUGUGAGAGCAGGAUGGUACAGAGCAUAGACUUCCAGACUGAGAUGAGCCGUUCCCUGGACUGGCUUCGGAGGGUGAAGGCAGAGCUCAGUGGGCCAGUGUGUCUUGACCUCAGCCUCCAGGACAUCCAGGAGGAGAUCAGAAAGAUCCAGAUCCACCAGGAGGAGAUCUUGUCCAGCCUGAGGAUAAUGAGUGCUUUGAGUCAGAAGGAGCAGGAGAAGUUCACCAAAGCCAAGGAGCUGAUUUCUGCGGACCUGGAGCAUACCCUGGCUGAGCUCAAGGAGCUAGAUGGAGAUGUGCAGGAAGCGCUGCGCACGCGGCAGGCAACCUUGACAGAAAUAUACAGUCAGUGUCAAAGGUAUUAUCAAGUGUGCCAAGCAGCUAAUGACUGGCUUGAGGAUGCCCAGGAAAUGUUACAGCUGGUGGGCAAUGGCCUAGAUGUUGAGAGCGCAGAGGAAAACCUCAAAAGUCACAUGGAAUUUUUCAAAACAGAGGGUCAGUUCCACAGCCACAUGGAGGAGCUCCGAGGUCUUGUGGCCAGGCUGGACCCACUCAUCAAGCCAACCGGAAAAGAGGAGCUGGCACAGAAGAUGGCUUCCCUGGAAAAGAGGAGUCAGGGGGUCACCCAGGACUCCCACACCCAGCGGGACCUCCUGCAGAGAUGUUCGGUUCAAUGGCAAGAGUAUCAGAAAUCCAGAGAAGGGGUUAUCAAGUUGAUGAAUGAUGUGGAAAAGAAGCUGUCCGAGUUUGUUGUGUCGAAGACAUCUUCCAGCCACGAAGCUGAAGAAAAGCUGUCAGAACACAGGGUAAGUUUUAUUGUCCUUAUUUUUACGUCUUUCCAUGUUAAUUGCAACAGUCCGUGUGAUAUGAUGUUUGCAGAAUCACAUCCUUAAGUCUUUAUUCCCAUCUCGCUUCCUUUGGUGUGAUAAUGACACAAUAAACACAUUUCGCAGCUGAGGAUGCUCUCACGAAAAUACAUAGCUAGGGUCCCAAAGACAAAUCCAAACUCUGCUUCUGGUAAGAAAGGGUUGCUUAAACGUGGCGGUAAAGGGCUGGGGAGAUGGCUCAGUGGGUAAAAGUGCUGGCUACACAAACCUGGCACCUAACAGCCUGAGUCGCACCCCCUAAACCUUCGUAAGAAGCAAGAUGUUCAGGCACAGUUUAGCAAGCCUAGCAACCCACAGCAAGAAGGGAGAUAGCAAUGGAGACAUUCCCUGGGAAGCUCCAGGAAUCAGUGCACAGCAGAAAACCAGAGGAACACCCUCUGUAAAUCAAGGUAGAGAAAACCAACUCAUAAAAACACAUCUUUAACUACUACCCAUGUCCUGGCAGCC